GUAUCGAAAUUAACUAGUAACUAUAAAUUAUUAGAAUAAACAUGAAGUUUUUGGGAGUGAUUCUAUUAGCUCUAGCAGUUUCAAGCACUGCAAGACACAUCACUCUAGAAGAUGUUAUUGAUUUUGAAAAGAAUACCGCGUAUGGAUAUCAUACAAAAAUUGGGAUACCAUUAGCUGAUAAAAUCCGUAAAGAAGAAGAUAACCUAAAACCAUCUAGAAUAAUUGGUGGAUCCCUCGUGGAUCUAGAAGAGUUUCCGUAUCAGGCUGGUCUUAUCCUUCGACUGCCAAUCGGGACGUCAAUCGCUGGUGCAGUCUUAAUAUCUCCGAAUACAGUUUUAACUGUUGCUCAUAUUUUUAAUGAUGCUGUAUUAAGUGUUACAACAGUCACCGUGGUAAUGGAUACAAUCAAUAUAUUCAUCUCAGGAAUAAGAAUUGAUACAGACGAAUACAUUUUGCAUGAAAAUUAUAAUCCUGCUACACUUAGAAAUGAUAUCGCUGUCGUCAAAUUACUUUAUAAUGUUGCUUUUACUGCCACUGUCAGUCCUGUGUAUUUACCCUUCGAAUCAAUAGAGGAAGAAGAUUUAGAUGGCGAGACUGCCAUCGCUUCUGGUUAUGGACAAACCUCCAAUAGUGGCAUCUCAAUACCAAUGCUGUUGAAUUCUGUGAAUCUAACGAUCAUGACGAACGAAGAGUGCGCUAGAGUUUUUGGCACGUUCAUCCAACCUACAAAUGUAUGUGCCAGCGGCAAUGGCAACGUGUGUCAGGGGGACGCCGGUGGACCUCUUGUUGUCUACAGAGACAUGAGACAUUUUUUGGUAUGUGUUUCGUCAUUUGGAACAGGCCGAUGUGAAACUCUUUCGCCAUCCGUCUUCACCAGAAUUACUUCUUACGUAGAUUGGAUCAUGGAACGUAUUAUGUAAUAUAAGAAGAAGAAAGAAGCUUAGAGAAGAAAGAAGUUUUGGAUACAAAGUGUGAUAUCAAACCAUUUUUCUGUUUGUAUAAAAUGCCAACGUAAAGCAACGUUACAAGGCGUUUCUGAAUAAAUAAGUGGAAUUAUAAUAAAAAAAUAUUUGAUUUCUUCUACGAAAACGUCAAAAACGUCUAUCGAAACCUAUGUAUAAAUAAACCGUGUGUAAAACAAUCGUAUAUAUCGUGGCGCCUUUUUAUCCCCGACGGUUUUGCCGAGGUGCACAUUAUGGCACGCAAUGCCACAGUACCAUGUACACCCACUUUUCACAAUUUAUGUUGUAAGUCCCAUGUAAUAGGUAAUGAGCCUAUUGCCAUAUACCGGGCGUAUUUACAGAGUCCGUGCUACUACUGAGAAAUUUUCGAAAAAACCCAGCAAUACUUCGCCCGACCGGGAAUCGAACCCGAGACCCCUUGCCCAGUAGUCGCACUUACAACCACUCGGCCAGCGAGGCAGUUAAACUUAUACAGGUAUAAAACAAAACCUAUGUAUAAACCAUGAACCUAUGUAGUAGUUAUAUUUAUCGUUGGUACAAUAACUGGGGAAAACAUUGAAAAAAAUCUUAUUCACGUCUUUAUUUAUUCAAUGUUAUAGUUAAAUGAAAAUAAUAUAUUAGAUUUAGGGAAUUGCGAAGUUUUAGAAUAAUAAGCAAGAAAGCGUGAUCACGAAUGAACUGUUCAAGUGCCGAAAUAUUGAAAACUCAUGGACAUAAAUAAACAUGGUAAAUAUCCCGUUUCAAGGUCCAAUGAUAGUGUUUGAAUUUAAUUUUAUUAUUUGUAUGUUUGAGUGUAAUGUUAUUUAUUACCUCGUUUCUUCUAA